GUGUUACAAUAAAUUAUUUUCAUAGAUGUUGUGUACGACAUAUACUUGAUUCAAAUUUUGUUUAAUAACAUGUCAAAUUAGCAUUUAAAAAUGGCUGCAAGUCACGAAGCAACUAAACAGUGAUUUCGGGAUUACAAUCGAUACACUCUUGUAAUCAUCGUAAUAAAUGCGUCAAUGGCCUAACUUAUUUAUAGUAUCUAAUUCUUUUUAUUAACUUGCCAAGUAUUUUGACGUAAGAGUCUCGUGGAUACCGAUUCAUACUUUUACAUUUGUUCCUUGUGCGUAAAGUACGUCGGGACGAUUACUGAUUCAGUUCGUACAUUAUUUAUUUAAAAUGCAACAUUUUGUACGAUCGACUCUGUAAUACUUGCAGUUGUGCAGCGAGGUUAACUGUGAGAAAGUCAACGAACAGAGAAUAUUUUUUCAACGGUGUAAGAAUAUUUUAUACAAAGAACAUGUCGCCGGGUGUUAACGAUGGUCCUCGCAAUACAGGCACACUUCCAAAAAGCAAUAGAAGAAAUGAUAGAAACAGAGAACGGUCAGCAGCUAAUCAAUUUGCAAACUGUUCUUCUUAUCAUGGACAUGCACACCAUUCUAACAAUUUGUAUCAAUUGGAUUGGAAACCAGUUGGUGAACGAAAACAUCUGAGGAUAACAAAAAACAGUAACACAAGAUCAGUUGCAUCGAUCCCAUCUACAUCUUAUCAAGAUAUAUCUGAAUUUUCAACAUAUAGUUGUGGGCAACCAUAUAAUUACCGUUUAGAGGAAUUUCCACAUUGGCAAAAAAUGGUCCCUCCCACUGAUUCCCAAACUGAACCUCCUACACGAAUUCAAGGAACUAAACCUUCUAAUGUUGAUAAAAUGCCUGAUAGAAGUCAAGUAGAAUCUCGUUUAAAUCAAAUUAGGGACUAUAUCAGAGUUACAUCAACAAUGAUGGAUUCCCUUAAUCAAUCCAGUGAUCCACGUGCACAAGCUCAAAAUGAGAAGUUAAGUAGAAUGGUGGAGGAUCUUCAUGACAGUGAGAGAAAACUAACCAAACUGUUGGAACAAUAUCAAAAUAGUGGAAUAUUUUAUGAGAAUGGAGAAAGUAGUAGGGAGGAUACAGAAGAAAAUGGCGAUGUGAGUAGAGAGAUGCAGUUACGAAAAAAAAUGGAAGAAUCACAGAGAAAACUUGCACAACUACAGGAACAUCAAGCUAGUUUAGUUGGAAUGCAGUUACGUGUUAGAGAAAGAUUAAACGAAGCUCGACAAGCUCAACAAGCUCUUUUACAGCAAGAAAAUCAGAAUUCAGUUAGUAUAGCUGUCCCAUUACCUGUGAAUGUUGAGCAACUUGAAUCUGAAACAGCUGCACUAAGAGGAAAGUUAGCUCAGCUUCAAACCAAGAAGAAAAAUAUGGAUCACCUUGUAGCAGAAUUGCAAGCUGUAGAAAUAUCUGACAGAGGCAGUUGUAGCUCUGAAGGCUCAAGAAACUUUGGAAGAGAUAAAGCUGCUGAAUUGGAAGCUAUGAAAGCACAGCUUGUUCACUUAAAAUCUCUAAUGGAAGAAGCAACGAGAGUUCGCGAAUGUCUCGAUUCUAAUUCUGAUGCUGAACCCGAAGUAGACGUAAAUGGUGACGCUGCGGCUGAAGUAGAUACAAACGAAGAAGAAAACGGCCCAAAUAUUUCGUUUGAACGUCAAAGCGAUACCGAUGAAAUAAAUCACGAAAAAACCAGAAACACCGGAGAACGACUAACAGUUGAGGAAAUUCAGGCUGUGACGCGAGAACUUCGAGAACAAUCAGCUUUGUUACAAUCAACCAGAGCAGAAUUGCAGCGAUUGAAACAACCUGGAGCUAAUUCAAAUUCUACAUCAAUAAUUCCUACUUCAACCCCUCCUCCAUCACUCACAGCAUCAGUCUGUUCUGAGAAAAAACAAAGUAACAAUAGCAAUUCUGAAGUUCAACCUAUGCAAGGAAAACGACGACAAAUCGAAGAUAUUAUGCGAAAGGAAUCAUCUCAAGCAUCUAGCAUCAAUCGCGACAUGCCUGGACCAACUGACUUAAAUAGCCAUAGAAGCUCUAGUUCACAGAUUAGUCAUAGCAGUACUCCUGCUAACAUCUGGCCUCCUCCUACAGUGAUAGGAGGAUCUAACGAUCAAAGCGUUGAUGGUGUAUCUUCAGAAAAUUUAAUGGAUAUCGGUCCUCAUACCACAGCAAUUGAAAAUGGAUUUACUGGAAACUGGUGGGCAUAUCCGCCACCUCCGUUAAAUCAGUUACAACAUGGUUCGGCUGAGUAUUAUCGUCAAUUAUUAUUGGGUUCUCAAACUCAACAGCUUCAAAUGAUGGGUACAACAAUACAGCAAUGUUGUCAAUUACUAUGGUCUCAACAACGUGAAUUACAAGCUAUGCGCGCCGCUAUUACUCAAUUACAACAACAUCUAAGACAACCACAGAUACAACAGCGAAGUAAUAAUGAAAACAACGAUGAAUAUUCCAAUUUAGGCCGUAACAUCCAUCAUCUUAGCGAAACACUAGACUCCGCGUUACCACCAAGUUCAUCCCUACCAAAUUUGGUGUCAUUACCGAAUUCUUCUCCUGCUGCAGUGUCUUCCGUUAAUUCUCAACAUCAACAACAACAAUUGAAUAAUCAAGUACCUCCUGGAAAUAGGGCAAACAACUACUGGGAUAAUUUCAGAAGUUACUCCAGACAAAACUUACUCUCGGGAAAUGUAAAAACAAUGACCGAUAUUACUUCAGGAGCUAUUGCAAAUGCAUCUGGAAAUUCUGUGUCCAGUGUUAAUACUACACUUAUGAAAGAUAAACGCAACAGGGAUCAAGGAAGUGAUAAUUUACCUUUACCCUCAUUGAGUGCAGUGGAAACACAAUAUUCUUCGAACUUGCAACUACAAUCGAAUUUACAGCAGCAAGAAAGGGAAAAUACGGCUAUGCGUAGCAAUAUCUUAACAAACGAGGUAUCUCAGCAACAAGCGGAUAAUCUUUGGGAAGAAGCGCAUUCAUCGUUUCGACUAUCGUCUGUAAUAAACGAUGAUCAUCUGUUUCAAAAUUUAAGCUCUGAAAUGAGAGAAGUUUUGAGUUCGCUCAUUUCUAUAAAUAAAAAACGACCCGACUAUUUAGUUAUCAUACUAAGAGAAAUUAAGGCAAUAAGCGAGGACCAUAGAUUACGACCUCGCCUUUUAAGAUCACUGCGUUCUUUACAAGAUACACAGUCGUUAAGCAAUCCAUUGAAUGAAAUAACUGAUCAAACAGCGAGUGAAAGUUGUCAAUCCAGUGAUGAGGAUUCUGAAAUAGGUGUAGUUUUAGGUAUGAGUACAGAAAAUCACUCAUGUGGAGUAGAAUUAGUUGAAUUAACUCGACCAGUAACUUCAUCUCCUACUGUUCAUGUACCACUAAUAGAUCACUUGGAUAUGCAGGGGGCAUCUUCAAUUGAUUCUGCAAGCGCUUUACCUUCCACAUCUACUGUGAAACCAGGUUACAAUGAAGAUCUUGCAGAAGCAGAUCAAUCCAGACCUGAAUCUUCUGGUAAUCAACAGUCUUUUGACAAUGAAGAAGAACAAGCCUAUGGAGAAGCAGCUGGUCAGAUUUUACCUGUACAAGUAAUAUUUAAUGGCGAUGGAGAUUUAGAAAGUUUAGCUGCAAAAGCUGAGGAUGAGAGAAAUGAAAAUAAUUCAUUGAUAUUUUGAUAUUGAGUUUUUCUAAAAAUAAUCUCAAAUUGCAUAUGUUCAACAAUUCAGUGAACAAAUGUAUUAUACAAGGUUUCAUAGUUGUUACGUAUGUCUUGCUUAGUUAAAGUGGAAUAUGUAAAACUUGCCUUUCUUAUUGUUCAAUGUUCUUUUUGUUUCAAAGCAAUAAUUUUAUUAACAUAUUAUUGAAUUGUUAAUAAUUUAAUUGUAAGUGUGGAAAU